UCAUUCGCUCUGGUGCGGACACCGGAGUCAGUGAGGCAUGUCUGGACACCGGCGUUUCGAUUAAAUAAAAAAGACACGUACAGAAACCAAACACCUGAGCGUAUUCUUUUCCAACCACUGGCGCUGUUAUUUGCCAACGGCCGUUUCUCGCGCUCGCGCCAUCGGUUGUUUGAAUUGCCGCCUCACGCGGGAUUGCAGCGCCCUGCUCUUCGUAAGCAUUCGUGAAUGGACAGCAAUUGCAGAACAGACAUACAUCCUGUCAAACGUUUCUCGAAUCCUCUGCAGUUUUGUGACUGAUCCGCUGGAUCGUCUUGCAUCGUUUGAGGGAAGAUGGAGACCUUCUUCGCUGAGGGUUCUCGAGUAUGGGUGAAUCAUAAAGAUCAGCUGGUUCCGUCUACAGUGAACUCAUGUGAAGAUGGAACCCUGGUGCUCACCACCGACUACGGGGAGGCGGUGUACCUGCAGCAGGCAGAGGUGAACAGGGAGAAGGUGUCCCCCAUGCACCAGAGCAGCAUUAAUGGAGUGGAGGACAUGUCCUUGCUGGCAGAGCUCCAUGAGGCCGCCAUCAUGCACAACCUUCAUCAGCGAUACCAGAAAGACAACAUCUAUACUAACAUAGGUUCUAUCCUGGCGGCCGUGAAUCCUUAUAAGCAGAUCAGAGGACUGUAUGAUCUCUCCGCAGUGGAGCUGUACAGCCAGCAUCAUUUGGGCGAGUUGCCGCCACAUAUCUUUGCUAUUGCCAAUGAGUGCUACCGCUGCUUAUGGAAGAGACAUGAUAGCCAAUGUGUGCUAAUAAGUGGUGAAAGUGGAGCUGGGAAAACAGAGAGCACCAAACUACUGCUACAGUUCCUGUCCGUCAUAAGCCAAAACUCUGCUGGGACACCGCCUACAGAGAAGAGCACACGCGUGGAGCAAGCCAUCGUACAGAGCAGCCCCAUCAUGGAAGCAUUUGGAAAUGCCAAAACAGUCUACAACAACAACUCCAGUCGCUUUGGGAAAUUUAUUCAGCUUCAUUUCUCUCAAAGCGGGAACAUCCAGGGAGGAUGCAUCGUCGACUAUUUGCUUGAAAAGAACCGAGUGGUAAGGCAGAAUCCAGGGGAGAGAAACUACCACAUCUUUUAUGCUUUGCUGGCCGGGGCCAGCAAAAGCCAAAAGGAGACAUAUUUUCUGGAAGACUCCCCUGAGUUAUUUCACUACCUGAGACAGUCAGGAUGUGUGAAGGACCGCAGUCUCGAUGACAAGCAGUUUUUUGACGAUGUCAUGGAGGCACUGAAGGUCAUGGAGUUCACAGAGGAAGAGAUCAGAGAUAUGUUUAAACUGCUGUCUGGAGUUCUGCAGCUUGGCAAUGUGGAGUUCAUGACAGCAGGGGGCGCUCAGAUCACCACCCAACAGGUUGUCACUAAUGUGAGCGAGCUCCUGGGUCUGGACAGUUUUCAGUUGUCUGAGGUUCUGACCCAGCGUUCCAUGAUCCUCAGAGGAGAAGAGAUCUGCUCUCCUCUCACAGUGGAACAGGCAAUAGAUUCCCGGGAUUCGGUUGCCAUGGCACUUUAUUCUCAGUGCUUUUCGUGGAUCAUCAUGCGAAUUAAUCAGAAGAUAAAAGGCAAAGAUAAUUUCAAGUCUAUUGGAAUCUUGGACAUCUUCGGUUUUGAGAACUUUGAGGUGAACCGUUUUGAGCAGUUCAGCAUUAACUAUGCAAAUGAGAAACUGCAAGAAUAUUUCAACAAACACAUCUUCUCUUUGGAGCAACUAGAGUAUAACAGGGAAGGCAUUCACUGGGAAGCCAUUGACUGGAUGGACAAUGCAGAAUGUCUGGAUCUGAUUGAGAAGAAAUUGGGCAUGUUAGCUCUGAUUAACGAAGAGAGCAGAUUUCCCAAAGGCACUGACUUCACCCUGCUGGAGAAACUGCAUGGCAGACACUUUACUAAUCCCUAUUAUGUGAAACCCAGACUGGCAGACCAUCAGUUUGGGAUAAAACACUAUGCUGGAGAGGUCUUGUAUGAUGUGAGGGGGAUUUUAGAGAAGAACAGAGACACAUUUAGAGAUGAUAUACUGAACAUGCUGAAGGAUAGUAGAUUGGAUUUCAUCUAUGACCUGUUUGAGCAAGUGAGCAGCAGAAAUAAUGAGGAGACCUUGAAGAUGGGUACAGCAAGAAAAAAGCCCACUGUCAGCUCACAGUUCAGAGACUCUCUUCAUGCCCUAAUGGCGACUCUCAGUGUUUCCAACCCCUUUUUUGUGCGUUGCAUCAAACCCAACAUGGACAAGACCCCAAACAAGUUCGACCCAGAUGUGGUUCUCAAUCAAUUGCGGUACUCUGGCAUGUUGGAGACAGUGAAGAUUCGCAGAGCUGGAUUCCCUGUCCGACGCACUUUUAAAGACUUCUUCUGCAGGUAUUGGAUCAUUCUGAAGGAGAAGGAUAAGGCUGCUGUGGCUUCAAAUGGAGAUGAGAAAAAGAAUAGCACAGAUUUGCUGACACUCCACGACAGGACCAAAAAGGAGUGGCAGAUUGGGAAGACCAAGGUGUUUCUGAAGGAACCCUUAGAACAUAAGCUGGAGAAGCAGAGAGAUGAAGUGCGAAGUAAAGCUGGACUGAUAAUACGAGCCUAUCUUCUGAGAUAUAUAGCAAGAAAGAACUUUAAGAAGGCUCUGGACAGCAUUGUGACCAUCCAGAAGAACUACCGUGCAUAUCUCUAUCGACGUCGGUUUCAACGGAAACAGUUUGAGACAGGUGGUGUCGGCACAUUUUCUCCUUGCUCGGCUGAGGAGGAGCACCGUCAGAUGGAGGAAAUUCUGCGUUUGGAGCGAGAGAUUGAGCGUCUGCAGAAGAAAAGAGAAGACGGUGUGUCUAUGCUAUGUGAGAGCUCAAAACAGGAGCUCCGCUUGCGGCGUGAUGCCGAGACCUUGCGUCAGAAAAAAGCAGCCUCUCGUGUUGCCACUGAAUUCCUUGAACUGCUCGACACCGGAGGCCCAGAAGUCAUUCCCGGUGAUGUUAAACCACCUGCCUCCAGACCUGCGGCAGCCACUGAGGAAGAGGUAGAUGAAGGCUUCCAUGCAGGCGAAGAGUGUAUACCACUUCCCGAGUUCCCUCCUCCAGUGGAAGGUCCAGUGGAUCAGGAAAUCUUAGCCACUCUGCCACCUCCUCCUCCUGCCUUUGCUGAGGGCACAGUGGCUCCAUCUGCACCCAACGUUCCACCUGGGGCUCCUCCCCCGCCUCCUCCUCCUCCACCACCUCCUCCCCCUCUCCCUUGUGAUGCCAAAAAGGAAGAUGGAAAGCCUGAAUUGGCUAAAACAGUUAAAGAGGUGGAUGGGAAAAAGGAGGGAGAGGAUGCGGAUCGCACCAGCAGGCUGACUGCAGCGGAGUCUCUUCCAGACACAGAGGAACCCAUCUACAGUGUGCCUGGGGAUGGCGAGUCAGACUAUGACCAAGACGAUCUAGAGGAUGGACAGAGCAGCAUUGCGGCGACAGACACAGAACACGCACGCAAGUCUACCUGCACCAACGCAAGCCAGGAGUCUUACAACCGCAGCUCAGAUUCAUAUGCUGACAGCGAUGAUGAGCAUGAUGGGUAUGUGGAUACAGAUGAGGAGGUAUCCAACGGUAAAGUCAGCAUCUUGAAUGGGAACGGACCUCCGUACUUCCACAGUUACCUUUACAUGAAGGCUGGCUUGAUGAUCCCAUGGCGCAGGCGUUGGUGUGUUCUGAAGGACGAAACAUUCAUGUGGUUCCGCUCUAAACAGGAGUCGUUUAAGUCAGGCUGGCUGUACAAGAAGGGCGGCGGUCUAUCCACUCUCUCUCGCAGGAACUGGAAGAUGCGCUGGUUCGCUCUGCGCGACACCAAGCUCAUGUACUUUGACAAUGACAGCGAGGAAAAGCUGAAAGGGGCAAUCGACAUCCGCUCGGCCAAGGAGAUUGUGGACAAUCAUGAAAAAGAGAAUGCUCUGAAUAUUGUGACAGAUGAGAGAACAUACCAGGUGUUUGCCGAGUCACCAGAGGAUGCCAGUGGUUGGUUUACCGUGUUGAGUCGGGUCCACAAUGCCACGCCAGACCAGCUGCUGGAGAUGUCUCCUGAGCAGGCCAACCCAAAGAACGCUGUGGGCACACUGGAUGUUGGACUGAUUGAUUCAGUUUGUGCCUCAGACAAUCCUGACAGGCCCAAUUCAUUUGUGAUCAUCACAGCUAAUCGUGUGAUCCACUGUAACUCAGACCUGCCGGAGGAAAUGCAUCACUGGAUCAGUCUGCUUCAGAAACCCAAAGGAGACUCCAAGAGUGAUGGACAGGAGUUUCUGGUCAGAGGAUGGCUGCACAAGGAGAUGAAAGCUGGAGCCAAAAGUUCUGCUCUCAAACUGAAAAAGCGCUGGUUUGUCUUGACAAACAACUCUCUGGACUAUUUCAAGUCUUCUGAACGUAAUGCAUCUAAGAUGGGCACGCUAGUUCUGAACAGCCUGUGCUCUGUGGUCCAGCCAGAGGAGCAAAGGUUUAAAGAGACAGGUUACUGGAACAUCAUAAUUCAUGGGCGUAAACAUUCAUACCGUCUGUACACCAAGAUGCUGAAUGAAGCCAUGCGCUGGGGGUCUGCCAUUCAGGGCGUCAUUGACAACAAGGCGCCCAUUGAAACGCCCACCCAGCAACUUAUUAGGGACAUCAAGGAAAACAGUGUGAACUCUGAGGUUGUGGAACAAAUGUAUCGAAGAAACCCCAUUCUGAGAUAUACCCAGCAUCCCUUGCAUUCACCUCUUCUGCCACUAUCAUAUGGAGAGGUCAGCGAAAGCUUGCAAAAGGAGAAGGGUUAUGGAAGCCUGCAGGAUGAGGCAGUGAAUAUCUUUAACUCACUUCAGGAAAUGGAGAUAGUUUCAGACCCUGUCGCCAUCAUCCAGGGCAUCCUGCAGACUUGCCAUGAUCUGCGGCCACUGAGAGACGAGGUGUACUGUCAGCUGAUCAAACAGACCAAUCACGUGCCCCAACCCAACAGCCCUGCAAACCGCGCACAUUGGCACCUGCUCACCUGCAUGAGCUGCACCUUCCUGCCCAGUCGUGCCAUCCUGCGCUACCUCCGAUUCCACUUGAAGAGAGUUAGAGAGCGCUUUCCUGGCACUGAGAUUGAGAAGUAUGCCCACUUCAUUGGUGAGUCCCUGAAGAAGACAAAGACCAGGGAGUAUGUGCCCUCUCAGGAGGAGAUCGCCGCCCUGCUGAACAGACAGGAAAUGACAACUAUUGUGUACUGCCAUGGAGGAGGGUCUUGCAAGAUAUCCAUCAACUCACACACCACGGCUGGAGAGGUGGUGGAGAAGCUGAUUCGUGGUCUGGCAAUGGAAAACAGCAGGAACAUGUUUUCUUUGUUUGAGCACAAUAAGGUGGAGAGUCGGGCCAUAGAAAGCCGUGUAAUUGUUGCAGAUGUUCUAGCGAAGUUUGAGAGGUGGGCAGGUGGUGAAGAAGAGGAGGAGGAAGGCCCCUGGAGGCUAUAUUUCAAGCUCUAUUGCUUUCUUGAUGUGGAAAGCAUGCCCAAAGAGGGAGUAGAAUUUGCCUUCAUGUUUGAGCAGGCUCAUGAGAGUCUCAUCAGUGGUCAUUUCCCAGCCCUUGAGGAAACCCUCCAGCACUUAGCAGCCCUGCGACUGCAGUACAUCCACGGUGAUGUGGCCCGUACACCCUGGAGCCUAAGCAGUGUCUACCCUGUUGGACGACUUCGCACACGCAUACUCCAGUCCACCAAAGCAGGGGUGGCUGGAGUACCCGGGGCUGGUAUAGUAGGGCCAGGAGGUCACACUUUAGAACGCCGGAAGACCAACUUCCUAGAUGAGACGCUGAGACGCAGCUUCAAGACAGGAUCGCUGAAGAAACAGCGUGUUGAAGAGGAACAGAUGUUGGAGAUGUUUGUAAAGGAGGAGAUGUCAGCCACACUGGCCAGUGUUCUGGAGAAAUGGAGCAGACUACAGGGCAUGCCUCAGCACCAGGCCAUGCUCAACUACAUGACCGUCAUCAAAGAGUGGCCAGGAUACGGGUCCACGCUGUUUGAUGUAGAGUGUAAGGAGGGCGGCUUCCCUCAUGAUCUGUGGCUGGGAGUCAGUGCUGAAAACGUCUCUGUGUACAAGCGGGGGGAAUCCAAACCACUCGAAACUUUCCAGUAUGAGCACAUUGUUUUCUUCGGAGCACCUCAGCCCAGCACAUACAAAAUCAUUGUUGAUGAAAGAGAGAUGUUCUUCGAGACGUCUCAGGUGGGUGAAAUCACUAAGAUCAUGAAGGCGUACAUCAACAUGAUUGUUAAAAAACGCUGCAGUAUCAUGUCCAUCACCAGCAACAGCAGCGCCUGGAUAAGGUGAUUGACCCAAACUAGGGCUCAAAGUGUCCAGGAACAUAAUGUGAUGACAGGAAGUAUACUGCUGACCGUUAUUGAUUGGAGAACGAGAGGAAAGAGAGUAGGGAAGAAACAGACUUCACCUCUACAACGAUUUACCUGAACCUACUGGAAUUCUCUGUAUACCUGUCCUAAAUACAACAGCAAAUGUUUAUUUAAUAUUUAUCGGACCAGUUUGACCUUUACAGAGCACAACAAAGCCUGGUUACCUGCUCACUGUUCCCUCCCCUCACUGCCAGCACCCUGACUUAUGACCAAACUAUUCUUCUCCAUUACACUCUUCUCUCCAUCUUCAGUUUUCAGUCAGUGAUAUUGUACCUAACUGACAGCCACCUAUGACUGCAUUUACUGGUAGUUUUACAAAGGUGUGCAUAUUGUGCUUGUGUGUGAGAUCACAAAUGCACACACACACAGGUGAAUGCUUUGUGGAGCACAUACAGAGACAUUUUGUAAAGCCAUGACUGCUGGAGGCCGUUCAGAGAGCAGGAGAAGAAAGCUGUGCGUUGACAUUACCAUACAUCUCAAUGACAGCUGCUCGGCUGGCACAGGACACCCCAGAAGUUGAAAUCUGACAUAUUUUCUCAUGACCCCUCAUUGUCUCACAUACAGGUUUUUUUAAGCCAAUCACCUGAGCCUAAAUGCCAUGUGACUGGAGCCAUAGGAAAACGACAUCAUGGCAGCUCUGAUUGGCUGAUGGCACUGCUGGGAACAUGCACAGUUGCUUAAAAUAUAUUAGUCAUGAUAAAAAAUCCGCUAUAAAGAAAUAUGUGCAAUUUAUAUGUUGCUUC